GACGUUGACCAUUUCUUCUAAAAAAUAACUUUUAAUAUAUUGAAUCCCAAACAUGUGAUAACGGAAAAAUUAUUUAAUAUCUGAAUGUUAAACUAUAGUCAAUUAUUGGUCCUAAACGAUGGCCAAAACGGCUUAUUUGGGACUUAAAAUUGUCAUCCUUUGUCUACUAUGGUAUAUUACAUCGGCUGCCAAUAAUGUUAUCGGAAAAUUAGUGCUACAAUCAUUCGCAUAUCCAACGACAAUUACUUUGUUUCAAUUUUUAUCGAUCACCAUAUAUUCCAUACCAGCAUUACGUUGUAUUCCCGGUGCCAAAAGAAAACCAAUAAUAACAUGGACUUAUUAUUUUAAAUUGAUUAUACCAUUAUCUUUUGGUAAAUUUUUUGCAUCACUUACCUCUCAUAUAAGUCUUUGGGCCGUUCCAGUAUCAUACGCUCAUACCGUGAAAGCAUCAAUGCCGUUGUUUGUUGUUGUACUUUCUCGUGUUAUAUUGGGCGAAAAGCAAACUACCAAAGUGUACAUCUCUUUGAUACCAAUUAUAUUGGGAGUAUUUAUUGCAUCGAUUACAGAAUUAGAAUUCAACAUAAUUGGACUUGUUGCCGCUUUGUUUUCAAUAUUUAUUUUUUCAUUACAGAAUAUCUAUUCAAAAAAGGUACUGAAAGAAACGCCCAUCCAUCAUUUACGUUUACUUUAUAUACUGGCCAAACAUGCAUUAAUUAUGUUCAUACCGUUUUGGGUUUAUCAAGAUUUACCAAGUAUUAUUUAUGGUGAAAAAAAUUCCACUAUUGAUGGCUGGGCCAUUGGUAGUCUAUUAUUCAUGGAUGGUCUUUGUAACUUUCUACAGAAUGUGAUUGCUUUUACAAUGUUAUCGUUGGUCACACCAUUGACAUAUUCUGUUUGUAAUGCAUCAAAAAGAAUAGCUGUUAUAUCUUGUUCGAUUUUGUUGCUCAAAAAUCCCGUUACAAUGACCAAUAUUUUUGGAAUGUCUUUAGCAAUUUUUGGUGUUUUCUACUAUAACAAGGCUAAACUUGAUGCUCGAAACGAACCAAUCUUGCCCACUACAUCAAAUCCAAAAGAGGCAAUAAACAAUUUUCAAACGACAAUCAAAAAAAAAUCCAGCGAUACAAAUUUAUUAUUACGUUAUAUUGACACGAAUGAACAGGAACGAUACUUUACAAAACCAAUUGUGACGGCAAUAAAUCCUCAUCCUCAUCAUCAUUACAAUCAAUCAAGUCAAUCGUCAAAUUAUUAUAAUGGUAACUUGUCAAACAAUCAUUAUCAUCAUCGAAAUGUGUCACAUAAUCAUGUUGAUAAUGUUGAUGGUGAUCAUCGACGAAUAGAUAUGAUGCAUAUUUAGAACGAAAAAAAAAAUCAUUUUUAUUCAUGAAA